AUGAAGACGAUAACGAGUACGAGUGAAGUAGCAGGUAUGGACGCGGCGUUAGUGGCCGCGUUUUGUGUAACGGCGAAGGGUAUGUUGCCGCAGAGUGUACUCCAACGAGCGACAUUACGUUGGAAGUCGUUAUUGGUUGAGCGUGGAGUGGUUGAUCCUCGUUUGUUGGGGUCGUUGCGUUUAGUGAAUGACUCUAAGCCGCGUCCGGCGUCUGCGAAUGACGACAGUGCGUUGUUGAAGUUCUUUAAUUUGUUGGAAGGCGAGUUAUUGAAGUUCAAUGAUGAGAGGAACGCCAAGGAGUUAGCGAGGCAUCAAGCGGCCAAUGAAGGUCGGACCAAGGGUACGGCAGGUAACAGGUUAUUAGGUUGUAUGCUGGAGGCGAAGAACCAGAUUCGACAAACUGCGGAUUGUGGGGCUAAGUGGAGUAAAUUAGAGCAGUCGACGGGUCGUCUUAUGAAUAAUGUCAAGUUGUUGUCACAAGACGCUGUCAGCAAUGCGAAUACGCCACAUGGGGCCUCCCGCACACUACUGGCAAACGUUAUGGGUAGUUUUAAGUCCGUGGUUAAUCAGGUUCAGGACUUACUGAUGUUCAUGCCGCUUGAUUAUUUCAAUGCCAUUCCACAUAUCGUCGACUGUUUCCUUGGAGACGCUUUUAUUCUCGAACUCGACCGACAACAGGAGUAUCCCCUCCUAAAGUCCGUGAUCGGCUUCCUGUUCAAGGAACUAUUUAGCAUCGAGACCGAUGAUGGCUGCGACGCGGCGACCAGUCUUUCUACCUCUAGCAACCUGCGGGUAGUUCUAACUCUCAAAUCCCCGGAUCACUUCGACCGUAUGAUGAUCUACGUGCAAAAGAUGCUCAGUCUCGCCGACCAGGACAACGAAAAGGGUCAGGAGGAUCUGAAACGCGUCAAGAACUUGAUCAAUGACAUCAACCGUCUGAAACGAAGUUCCCAUGUCGGUCGCUACAGUAGCGUUGGUAGUAAUUUAGCUGGUAGCCGUACCAACUUGGGUGGUAGUAGAGGUAACUUGGGCGGUAGUCGUAAGGAUCUCGCGAAAGAGCGUGGCAGUCGUAAAGAUCUGGGAAGUUUGAUGGACAUGGUGGGAGACUUGGCGACCGCAGAGGAGGAACUGCGUACCUUUUUGUGCGAGUUGGGUCGUAAGGAGGCUCUGAACAUGUUCCGUUGUGUGACAGCAUUGGCGGAAGAGUUGUUUGACGAAAAGACGCUGGCGUCCAUGCCUUUCUACCUGACAUCGAGCAACCUAGACGCGUUGGCGAACGGCGAAAAGCUGGACACAACCAAAGUCGGGAUCGUGCCAGAGGAUUACUUCUCAAUACCAGGUGCCAUGCAGGACAAUAGUAGUGCCGCAUCGUGGCAACACUUCAUGGCUCUGGAAUUGGAACCAUGGCUGAAGCAAGUGGCAGGUGCGGCUCCGCGAUUCACGCUAAAUUUACUUGAGCCGAGUCCGGGCCUGCCAGCACCGCAGGUACGUAUGCCGGGUGUGCCGGGGUACCGGAACCCUUUCAUGGAUAUGGAACGAGUGAUGUGGAACGUUCAGGACGGGUUGUUGCGCAAUGAAAAUGGAGAGUACUGUCUUUACACCCCAAACGACAUCGUACAAACCCGCGGACCAAAGGAGCAUCCCUUGACCGAAGCAGAUGGCUGGGUUGACGGACAGCUUGCAAAGUCCUCCAUGGACCGACCCAUUCAUCCCAGCUAUAUCGCCUCAUGUCGCCGUGUCAACUUCCCACAACUCACUCAUCAAACCGACUGCUGGAACGACCUCCUCUAUCGCAGCCAACCACAUGCCGUCACCUACGAAACCAACAUCAGUUCACGACCCGGCCACAUCGUUAUCAAACACCGGCAAGUCCGCGGCGAUCCCCCUCGCAACAAGUCCGGGAAAAAUAUCAAGUCCCAUCUCGGGAACCACUGGCAACAAAACUAUAGGCGGUAA